AUAGAGUUGGACGAGGCGGACUCAUCGUUACGCACCAGACCCACUGAGCCAAUACGCGAACGGGAUACACACACACGCACACACGCACACACAUAUAGAGAGAGAUAUUUAUAUACGCGAGCUUUCUUUACGCCACUGCGCUUCAUGGAUACCGGCUGUUUCACCGCGGCGCAGCGCAUUUCGUGCCACGCCAUGAAUGCGGAUUUAUUUAAGCCUGCUCCGGAGCGUGGACCCCAACAGCCCGCAGCCCCGGUGAAAACCAGCAGGAAUAAAGCCGAACAAACUAAACCGGAGCUGGCUCAGGUGGUGACCGACUCCAAAACGGGACGAUCCUACAGCAAAGGGAAGCUUCUGGGAAAGGGUGGCUUCGCUCGAUGCUACGAGAUGACGGACCUCUCCAGCAACAAAAUGUAUGCCGUGAAGGUGAUUCCACAGAGCCGAGUGUCCAAACCCCACCAAAGGGACAAGAUCACGAACGAGAUCGAGCUCCACAAAACACUGUCGCACAAGCAUGUGGUGAAAUUCUCCCAUCAUUUUGAAGACCAAGAUAACAUCUACAUCUUCCUCGAGCUCUGCAGUCGGAAGUCCCUGGCGCACAUUUGGAAGGCGAGACACACGCUCACGGAGCCAGAAGUGCGUUAUUACCUGCGACACAUCAUAUCCGGCCUCAAGUACAUCCACAGCAGAGGGAUCCUCCACCGAGACCUCAAACUGGGCAACUUCUUUGUCAACGAGAACAUGGAGCUGCGGCUGGGAGACUUUGGCCUCGCCGCCAAGCUGGAGACUGUCGAGCUGAGGAAAAAAACAAUCUGUGGGACUCCCAACUAUUUGGCCCCUGAGGUGCUCAACAGACAGGGCCACGGCACAGAGUCUGACGUUUGGUCCCUCGGAUGUGUCAUGUACACGCUGAUGUGCGGCAACCCUCCUUUUGAAACUCUGGACCUGAAGGAGACCUACAAGUGUAUAAAGGAUGUUCGGUACAACUUGCCGUCUUCGCUCUCCCCCGCCGCACAGAAACUCAUCUCAAGCAUCCUGCAGAAAAACCCCAGCGACAGACUUGCACUGGAUCAAAUCCUCAACCACGAAUUCUUCACCAAAGGUUUCACCCCUGAUAAGCUUCCCCCCAGCAGCUGUGUGAUGGUGCCAGAGAUUCACCCCCCCAGCCCUGCCAAGAAAUUCUUCACUAAAAUGGCCAAGAGCUUCUUUGGCAAGAAGAAGGCUAAAGUUGAGAAGAUCCCAUUCGAGGAAAAAGAUGACAAGGACAUUUCCAAGCUGGUGUCUGGCAUCGUUAAAUGUUCCAUCAACAGGCAGAUCAGCUCCAAGACGGUGGGACCCGAUGAGGAGCCCGCUCCCAUCGGACAGGUGGUCGGCUCCGUGCCGCUGGAACCGACUCCUGCUGAGGAGGCAUCGAGGAAGUCAAUGUCUCAUUCCUUCAAGGCCAGCAGCACAGAACCAUGUGAGGAUGUCCUGACACCUGCAGCUGUGUCUGAAUCGGCCUUGAAAGUUCUCAACGGCUGCCUGGCCACCAUGCCUGCAGCCACUAGAAACCCGCCCUGUUUGUCCAGGCCUCAGUCCUUCCUGUGGGUGACUAAAUGGGUCGACUACUCAAACAAAUAUGGUUUUGGCUACCAGCUCUCGAACCAAAGCAUCGGCGUGCUCUUCAAUGAGGGAACACGUCUCAGUCUUUGUGACCAACGCAAGACGGUCCACUACUGCUUUCCCAACAACAAACACUUCACGUUCCCUGCCAACUCGCUACCUGAGCAGCUUCAUGGCCAGAAACAAAUUGUGGAUCUCAUGGCUAACUACAUGGAGCAAAACCUUAUGGAGGGUGGAGAUCUGCACUGUGAGGAUCAAGUAUCGGGUUGUCCUCCCCUGCUGCUCCAGUGGGUGAAGACGGACCAUGCGCUUGUCAUGCUCUUCAACAAUGGCACAUUACAGGUUAACUUCUACGCAGACCACACCAAGAUCAUCCUGUGCAAGUCAUCGGACGACUCCUAUCUGCUCACCUACAUCAGCCGGGAGCGCGUCUCAUGCACGUACCUCCUCAGCAUGCUGAAUGAGAUGGGCUGCACCUCCGAGCUGAGACACCGACUGCGAUACGUGGUCCAGCUUCUCCAACACCAUGCGGAUGCCUGAGGGCACAGCUCGGUGCCUUCCAGGCUGCCGGAUCGGCAGAAGCCUUCGAGGCAGCCUGACUGAUAACAUUUCUCAAGGCAGUGCCGAGACGAGCCGACGGAGGCUGCUCGGAGGAGUGGAGCUAAUAUUCUUUUCCUAACUGGUGCUGAGGCAGCUGAUUGUUCAGAUCAAGCAGUCAGGAAGUUCUGCCUCGAGGUUCUGCCUCAAAGGUAUCCACCCGGAAGGUAUUGAUACCUAAUAAUAUAAGAGACUCCUACCUGGCCUGACAUGAUGGAUCCCUCCCAGGCAGAUGCCUAAAUGAACACCUCAAUUACCUUCCCUCACCCACUGCUUCAUUUCAGCUUCCCCUGAUAGCCGAUAAUCCAGGCAUGGUUUCUCAAAGCUAUCUAAACACUAAAAUUGUCUUAUUUGCUUGCCACAGAACAAGGAUAAUCUUGCAGCUGGAAUUAUUUUUAGGCUCUUGUUUUCCAAAAGUGUUUUAGCAGCAAGGUCAUUUACGCAGUUUACUUUCAUUGGAACUGAUCUUACAGCAGAGUUGCUUUGGGAAGAGCUGUGUUUGAUUGGAGAAAGAGACCCUUCCUACCCUUGGUUGGUUUCUGGCCUGUUUGAACUAUGGCGCACACACAUUUAUUUAUUUUUGGUUAAAUUUUAGGCAACUAAAGGAUCACACUACGAUCUUGACCUUGCAUGCACAAAUUACAUUCCUGGCCUUAUUUUGAUGGUGAUGCUACGGUUUGGAAAAUGUACCUCUUCUGAUCCAACAUCACUUUGUCUUUUUGUUCGUUGUUAAACACAUUGCACUGUGGCACACGACAUACUGAAGGGGCUAUGGGAGCAACACUUUUUUUUUUUUUUUGUAAAUUCAUCUGGAAAGUGAAACCUUUUACUACCACAUGUUAUAUUUUAUUAAUUUUUUAACUAUAUACCAUAAGGCAUUUUUCUUUGUUGGUUUUUAAAAUGAUUCAGUUUUAAAUUCACAAUACAGUAGUUGAAUGUGUGUGCCACACAUGCUGGUUAACAAAACUGUUGGUUGGAAAAUGAGGGGGGGCGGGGGAUAAAAGUGCCUUUUCUGAGGGAUGUCUGUAUAGUGCAAUAACAACCCUUUGUGAAUGUCAAGCUGGAUACAAACAAGAUGCGAGAUGGGUUUUACAGGUGGGAUUUACUUGAGUACUUUGAACAGUUUCGAAGUAAGUCCAUUAGCACUACACUCACUACCUGGUAUAAGCUUUUAGAACAACUGGCAUCGGUGUGUGUGUAUAUAUCCCAGUAAUAUCUACUAAGGAAAAAAGAAAACAUUGUACUUUGUUGUACUGUAUUCCCUAUCGGUAUACAUUGCUUUCUCGACCUAGAGUUGUAUCCUAAAAACUGUGAUCUGGAAUGCAAGUAUUAUGUACA